AUGACGACUAUGGACCCUGUCACGUUUGAAAUCCAGAACUUGUACUAUCAGAACGCAUACAAGGGCUGUAUUUCCUCUGCGCUUAAGCAUGCGCCCAAUGGAGUCCAGGACGAGACGAGCCUAGUUCGCCUCGUCUAUGCGGCGCGCGCUGCGAUAAGCCUCGGCGAUCUGCAAGGCGCACGGCAGUACCUUGGCGACGAUUCGGAAUAUCCUAUGGCCAUGUCUGUGCUUCUCUAUGCCGAUUUUCUUGAGGCACAGAACCGUGGUGAUAACAAAGAGGCGCUGGGCAUUUUGGAGCAGCUGGAGUCCCUUCUGGAUGUCGCGGAGCCUGGCGAGCUUGCCGCAGAGGUAGUGCGGUACCACAUUGGCCUAGCUUUGUUUGCAAACGACGAGACAGAAAAGGCGCUUGAAGUGCUUGGUGUGGCCAAUGCAGGGACGAGCCGCGAGCUAGAAUGUGUGGCUUUGGGCGUGCACAUCUUGCUUGCCAUUCAUCGCGUCGAUCUUGCCGAGAAAGAGUAUCUUGCCGCGCGCCAGUGGGGAGACGAUCUCCUUCUUGUUCAGUUCAUGGAAGCAUGGAUAGGACUCGUACGCGGUGGGCGCGCGACGCAGCAAGCGUACUAUGUAUACGAUGAGCUCAGCCAGAGCUCCGCCGUUGCGCACUCUGCCAAUACAGUUCCGACCAUGCUUGGCAAGGCAGUGGCACAAGCGGCACUGGGCGAGCCACGCCAGGCAUUGACGGAGCUCCGCGAGGCAGCCGAGCUGGACCAGGAGAACACGACGCUUACGUGCGAUCAAGCUGCCAUUGCUGCGCUCUGCAGCGAUACGACGCAAGAGGAGCGUACUGCGUUUGCAGAUCAAAUGAAGCUCGCUGCUCCCUACUCGGAACUUGCGCAGAAUUGGGCCGCGAAGGAGCUGGAGCUGGACGAGGCAAUUGCUUCAUUCGCAUGA